AUGACAUGGUUCAGAGGGUAUUCUAGCUUCGUCGCGACACUACUGUGCCGGGUUCUGCUCUUGCAGCCAUGGAGAGCCUUGGCGGAAUCAUUUGUUCAUUCAGAUGUGGCUGUUCAGCUGUCAACGGCAAACUUCACAAGCACUUUAAGCUCAUUAGAAGCUGAACAGAUUUGCCUUGUCGAGUUUUACGCGUCCUGGUGCCCCGCUUGCAAACAUUUUGCGCCAACCUUCGAGACGUUUGCGCGUUUUUUGAAAGAUAAGCGUCUGGGAGGGAGGCUGCUGUUCAUCGCGCGGGUGGACUGCGCUUCUGAGGCGGACCUUUGCGGUUCCUUUGACUUGCCGGGCUAUCCGUCGCUCUUCCUGGGCCCAGCGCCGGACUUUGCCGCCAAGCAGCACAAGAAGCUGCAUCUCUACAACGGCCAUGACCGGCAGGUGCCGCACCUGGUGGCUUGGGUCGGAGAGUACUUCAAAACGGAGUUGAAGUACACGCCGGAGACAGCGGCGCUCGGUGACAGCAGCGGCAGUGGCGGCGUCCAGGCUCCUUUGGGGGCCGGCCGGGAGGGGAGCUCCUCCUCCUCCUCGGGGCAUGUGAAGCGGCGGCCGCUGCCGCAGGGUCCGGAGUGGUCGUUAGCUGACGUGGAGGGGGCCACCUUGCAGCUGUGGAGCAUCGUGGCCACCACACCUCGCCUACAUCGGGGGGCAGAGAAGCGGGCGGCGCUGCGCGGGUUGCUGGAGGGCUGGGCGGCGGCGCAUCCCAGCAUGAGCUGCAAGUCGCAGACGGCUGCUAUGCUGUCGUCGUACGACAAGCUGUGGCCGCCGGAAGAGGAGGAUGCGCCAGCAACGUUGCUAGAGUCGGAGCCGUGCGGGCCGCCCGGCCGGUUGUCGUACCGGGGCGAGUGGGUGACGUGUCGUGGAUCCAAGCCCGACAGUCGCGGCUACUCAUGUGGGUUGUGGCAGAUGCUUCACACGAUGGCUCUGCGCUUGCCGGACUUGCCCGGUGCGGUCGGACCCGCGCAGUCGAUGAUGACCUUCCUGACCCUCUUCAACACACACUUCUUCCUGUGUGAGCCGUGUCAAAAACACUUUGGACGCAUCCUCUCCUCGCCCGAGGCAGCGGCCGUGACUGACCGGCGGGCGCUGGCGCUGUGGCUGUGGAGGGUGCACAACGAGGUCAAUGAGCGGCUCCAUGGCAUUGAGACCCGGUACGGCCAUAGUACGACGGGCGACCCGGAGUUUCCCAAGGAGCAGUGGCCCGCACCCGAGUCCUGCCCGAUGUGCCGUACGGAGGACUCUGGCGCAUGGGUGGAAGAGCGGGUGUGGGAGUACCUACAAGGCGUGUACGGCGCUGACGGCGGGAGCGCUGCGAAGGCCGUGGUGCUCGGUUUGGAUACGAGGCGCCGCACGUCGUCUGCUUUGUAUGGCAUGCUUCCUGUGCUGGGCGUUCUGGCUGCGGCGAUACUGCUAUUCUUGUUCAUGCGGAGCAGCUUGGCGGUGUCGGCGCGACGUGGAAGGGGCGGCGCGGGGAGCGGGGGAAUAUUGUGGCCAUCGGCUAAAUGACGGUGCGGCCCACGAGCGGCUGACGCUCGUGGGCGGUUCCAUGCUGCGGGCGCUACAACCAAUUCCACUGUGUGCCUUGACCUGGGGAAACAGGGGGAAAUGUAUGGGGAGAAAAAUUUAUGAGCCAACAUGCAGUUCAAUGAUUUUCUCCCCCCUUCCCCGAAAGGUUCCUGUGUGCAUAUGCAUGCUUUCGGGCCACCAGUGGACCCCUGGCACUACUCAUCCGAAGUGGUGAGAGGUGGUCCUGGCAUUUAUGUCAAGCUGCAUACGGGGUGCAUUUUCAUUUUUUUGGCCAUAGUUUGUUUCCAGAGGAUUGAGUGCGCAUGUGGAAUCUGGACGGAAGUAUCAGCGUGAUUUGGGUCAUAUGAAGUGUACGUUGCACUUCAGAGAGCGGUAUUGAGCCAUGCAAUCAUGGUUUUACUUAUCGAGGGAUUCGUGAGCGAGGGACCGAGAGGGGAAAGGGGACUGCCGAGAAGAUGGGGUCUUGCCAUUGAUAAGUGGACUCCUUCACACAUUGUACAUAUCGCUCGCAUAUUCGCUCAGAAGACAGAUGUCGGUCACAUCUACGGCUAAAGUGAGGGUUCCACCUUGCAAUCACCGUCCUGCCUAGCUGUUCGUGCGCGUCUCCACAGCACGCGCGGUAAUUCACAUAAUCCACAUAGCGCCUGCUGGCAUUACACCAUGAGCACUUUACCUGGCUAUGCGGCCAGCAUCCGAAAGACAUCGCACUCCGCUACCAUACUGUUCUUUUGUACAGACGAGGCAUAUUCGCCAAAUGAUAAAGUGCGGGGAAAAAAGAUGGAUGAUGUCACACCACAUGAAUACGUGCAGUCAGCACAUCGCACGAACGUUAGAGCCCGACACCAAUCCCAAAACCUCAGCUCAUGCUGCCCCAGCCGCAUUUGACAUGCCCACAUGUCAUGCUUCCCCCAUCCUGACGCCACAAAUAAAGGUUUGCUGCUCGUAGCGCGUAAAACGCCAUUUAUUCAUGGUUGCUUUUAGGUACCCAACAUCGGUUCCUGGCAACCACAGCAGACUCUCAGUUUCGUACACGCAUUUCCAGACACGUCAAGCAGACACAGCCGCCCCGCCCGGUCGUCCAGUUAACCGAUGAAACGUGAGUAAGCGACAUGCCCGUGGUACGCCUUACGGCAAGCAACUAACUUGUGCCCAACCUCACCCACUACCGACUGUUAUUCGCCCAAAAGAUGAGCACAACACGCGCUGCUGCAUGCGGACGCCCAGACCCAGUGCAGUAUUUAUGGACUGUAAUUAUCAGCUAUCAUUCACGAUGUGCAGGGGGCUGCACACUCAUGAUACGGGCGUGUGCUGUGCAAUC